ACGACAAACCCAAUACUUCGCUCCUCAUAAAGUUAAGAAAAAUAAUAAAGUUAAGAAAUUAGUGAAAAUUCGUUUAAUCAAAUUUAAGUGCGGCAAAAUGCGUUUACGUCCGCGUCUUCGUUAUAAUUAUAUAAAGUUGGUGGUUUUGUUAAUGAGUUGUGGUGCCGGUUUGUAUUAUUAUAUUGCAAGUACCGCAAAUACCUUGGAUAAACAAAGCCAAAUUAUAAUAAUGGAGCGAUCAAUACGAUCUGUGGCAAAUCAAGGUGAAUGUCGUAUGCCCGAUUUGCCGUUAGACAAUCCCGAAAUCAUGAAAUUCUAUAAGGAAGUCAACAAAGUUGAUUGUGGCAAACCCACUGACGAUUGGGUUAUGUGUGAGAAAUCGAUAUGCUUUGUUAAGCCAGAGGUUUUGGCGCUACAUGGCGAUGUGAGUUGCUUCUAUACGGAUAUUAUACGUAAAAAUGAUUUCAAGUCUCGCUAUGGUAAAUCAUUGCGAACCAGUGAGCCGUAUGUCUUGCAGGAAUCUGAUUUUGUUAAGGUUUUCUGUACAGCAUCGGAUGGUUCAAGUUGGUUUGGCAUGGCCUUUGGGAUACGCGAUGGUGUAGAAAAGUCCAUAAAACAUAAGCCCAUACCACCGCCAUUGGAUAAUGCCAAUCCCAUCAAUGUGCUAGAUCCAUCAAACGAUUUGCCUUCUUACUUCAAUGUUUUAAUGUUUGGUUUUGAUUCGUUAAGUCGAAAUGCUUUUAUACGCAAAUUGCCAAAAACCUAUGAAUAUCUAACAAAGAAACUAGGUGCCAAAAUCCUUACCAGUUACAAUAUUGUGGGCGAUGGUACGCCUCAGGCCCUUGUUCCCAUUUUGACGGGUUACACUGAGCUUGAACUUCCCGAGACCAGAAGGAGGGUCUCCAAUGCCAUAGCUGUCGACAAAGCCUAUCCUUUGAUAUGGAAGGACUAUGAGGAGCAGGGUUAUAUAACAUCCUUCAAUGAGGAUAUACCAAAUGCCGGCACUUUCACAUAUCGGAUGAAAGGUUUCGACCAACAACCUGUGCAUCAUUAUUUACGCACCUAUUAUGUUGAAGUAGAUAACAUAUUGAGUUCAAGCAGUGCUUUUUGUGCCGGUCAUACUCCAGGUCACAUGAUUAUGUUGGAUUAUACGAAAAAUUUCAUGGCGAAAUAUAGUGAUACCCCAAGAUUUGUUUUUAGUUUUCAUGGUGAACUUUCUCAUGAUUCUAUUAACAUGAUCGAAGCUGCAGACGAUGAUGUGGUGGCUUGGUUUGAAGAUUUGCAACACAAAAAUUUGCUGGAUAAUACAAUAUUAAUAUUUAUGGCUGAUCAUGGAAAUAGAUUUUCAGAGGUGCGCUCCACCCUACAAGGUAAACAAGAGGAACGUUUACCCUUCUUUAGCUUCACCUUUCCCGAGUCUUUUAAGAAGCGAUUUCCUCGCGAAUAUCAAAAUUUUGUGGAGAACAGUGACCGCUUGACAACGCCAUUCGAUAUACAUGCAACACUGAAACACAUAUUGGAUCUUCAAAAGGUAACGAACAACAACGAUGCUUUUUACGACAACGAGGAUAUUAAAACCAGCCCAAAGCAACAUUUUAAUAUACAAGUUUCAGAUUUGGCUAAAAAUCGAGCUAUCUCACUAUUCGAUAUUAUUCCGAAAAAUCGUUCCUGUGCCGAGGCAUAUAUUGAACCUCACUGGUGUGCCUGCUUGAAUUGGCAGCAGCUGAAUGUUAGCAUUGAGACUGGGCCAUUGCUGAAGGCGGCCGGAAGCAUUAUCGCCACAAUUAAUACUGCCACAGAAAAUUUUCGCGAAUAUUGUGAACCUUUGCAGUUGAAACAGAUCAACUGGGCCAUGCGUUUGACGCCCCACAGUGCCUUGUUAGCUUUCAAGCGUAAUGCCGAUGUUGAUGGCUACAUGGCCGAAAUGGGUGACAAUACACAUACAUCAGAAGUGGUCUAUCAAUUGCAAAUAAUGGUAUCACCCGGCGAUUCACUGUUCGAGGCCAGCGUUUAUCACAACUUGGAGACUUUGUCAAUGCACACUAAGCUAACGGAGGUGUCGCGUGUCAACAAAUACGGCUCCCAAGCCAAUUGUAUAUACGAACGCAAUCCGGAAUUGCGUAAGUACUGCUACUGCAAGCAGUAGUCCAAGGCGAUAGCCUUAGUCCUUAUUAGAUCUUAAGUUUGGUGUUUAUUUUAUUUCCAAGCCAAAGAUAUUUUAAGAAUUGUGUCCUUAUUUUUGUUUUAAAGCCAAGUUUAAUUUUUGUAAAGUGGUAUUUUCUUUUACCUCAAAACUGUUUUUAUAUAAUUUUAGAAGAUAAGAAAGAGAGCGACCAAUCAUCUCGAAAUAGACUAUAUUUUAUUUAUAUAUACUGUUUUUAAGCAACACAACCAUGACCAAUCAAACGAUGACUUUAUAUAUUAAGAUUAACCAGUAAAGAUGAUGUAAGUUCUCCUUUUUUGUAGAAAAUAUCAUUAAAAUAUUACGACUUUCAUAGAAUAUUUAGCUCUUAAUUUAAAUGUUUUUUACAACACUUUACAGCGCCAUCUUUUGUCAAUCUACGAAGGAAAUAUAACACUGAUUGGCAUUAUAUGUUUUUGUUGAAAGACAAUCCGAACCACCGUCUCAAUGGAGAAGAGACACCAAAUUCGUGAACUCCCGAAAUGCGAAAUGCUUUUUCGUUUAUGGAAUACAAAGUUUUGGGCAGGUUAAGGAAUUUUCGGAGUAAAAUUUUAACUAACAAAUUGUUCGAUUUAAAGAUUUCUCGUGUUGCUCCGAAACGCGGAAAGCCUUUACAUUUUCGAAAUACAAAGUUUUGGGCGAGUUAUGGCAUUUUAGUUCGUGUUCCUCCGAAAAGCAUUUACAUUUUUGAAAUUUAAAGUUUUGAGCGAGUUAUGACAUUUUCGGAGUAAAAUUUUAGUUCAAAUAUUUUUCGAAUCUUUGUCUAUUUUCCAGCGAAAACGAAUUAAAUUUCAAAUUACAUCGAAUAAUUUUUUAGGUCUUCGAAAUCGAAAUUUUCAAUGGGCUACCUUCCCCCUUGUCAAAAAUUUCCGAAAAAAAUAAAAACUCGAUUUCUAAAAAAUUUGUAAAAAAAUGAUUUCUCGGGAUCUCCCCAAAUUCGGAAUGCCAAAAGUUUUUCAAAAUUCGAAGUUUUGGGCGAGUUAUGUCAUUUUCGGAGUAAAAUUUUAAUUCAAAUAUUUUUCGAGUAUUUGCCUAUUUUUCAACGAAACCAACAGUUUUUGAUUAAAACCGAAUAAUUGAUGUAUAAACUGCACUUUGGAAUGGAAAUCCGAAACAUUUUCAGGAUUUUGAAAAUCUAAAUUUUCAAAGGGCUAUUAUACCCUAGCCAAAAUUUCCGCAAAAAAUAAAGUUGGAUUUCUAAGAAAUUUUUAAUAGAUAAAAUUUCCUCGUGAUCCCCCGAAAUGCGGAAUGUCUUUAGUUUUUCGAAAUUCGAUGUUUUGGGCGAGUUAUGAUAUUUUCGGAGUAAAAUUCUAGAACAUAUAUUUUUUUAAUUUGUGCCAGUUUUUCAACGAAAACAAAGCGGUUUUCGCUAUAAGUCGGGUAAUUGAGGUAUAAACUACACACUGGAAUGCAAAUCAGCAAAAUUGUAAAAUUUUUGAAAGUGGAAAUUUUUAAUGGGCUAUACCCAGUCAAAAAUUUUCGUACGAAAUAAAAAGUUCGACUUACCACAUGUUUGUAACAGAAAAUGAUUCCUCGUUAUCUCCUAACAUGCGAACUGCUUUAACAUUUUCAAAAUUCGAAAUUUUAUGCGAGUUAUGGCAUUUUCUGAGUAAAAUUUUAGUAAAAAUAUUUUUUGAUAAUUUUCCAGUUUUUUAACGAAAACAAAGCAAUAUUCGCUUAAAAUCAUAUAAUUGAGGUAUAAACUGAAGACUGGAAUGCAAAUCAGCAAAAUUUUUAAUUUUUUGAAAAUUGAAAUUUUUAAAAUUUUCAUUAAAAAUUAAAAAGUUUGACUUCUCUGAAAUUUUUAACAUAGAAUAAUUGCUUGUGAUCUUCCGAAAUGGGGACUGCCUUUACAUUUUCAAAAUUAGAAGUUUUUUGCGAGUUAUGGCAUUUUCGGAGUAAAAUUUUUGUAAAAUUAUUUUUUGAUUAUUUGCCAGUUUUUUAACGAAAACAAAACAGUAUUCACUAAAAUCAUAUAAUUGAGGUAUAAACUGAACACUGGAAUGCAAAUCAGCAAAAUAUUAAAUUUUUCGAAAAUUGACAUUUUCAAUGAGCUAUAAUACCCUUGUCAAAAAUUUUCGUACGGAAUAAAAAGUUCGACUUCCCAGACAUUUGUAAAAGAAAAUGUUUCCUGGGGAUCUCCCAAAAUGCGAAAUGCCUUUACUUUUUCGAAAUUCCAAGUUUUGGACGAGUUAUGGUAUAUUCGGUUUAAAUUUUAGUUCAAAUAUUUAUGGAUUCCUUGCCUAUUUUUUGGGUCAGUUCUUGAUACUAUUUACGCUUUCACCCCUUGAAACAUUAAAUUAUCACGCGAAUGAAAGUUCAAAAUUUCAUCAUGACAAUUAAGGAGAUUAUUUGCGAUAUUGUAACUUUAAACAACUUUUUAAGAUACAUUUUUAGAAUCCUUCAUUGGGAUUUGUUUACUUUCAUAAAAAUUUUAGAUCAUUGUUAUAAGCACAAAAAAUCUCCCGCUAUAAGUGGUGAGA